AUGGCACCUUCUCCAAAAACGCGAAUACGCGUAGGCGUUCUUGGCGCCGCAAAGGUGCUUCGAGAGACAUGGAUAGCCAUCCACGAGGCGAAGCACGAAAUUACAAUUGUGGGAUGUCGCGACAAGUUACGUGGGGAGAAGUUUGUGGAUGAGCUUAACGCCUUUAUUCCCUUUGCAAAAAAACCUCUGGUAGGGGACUACGAAACCGUCGUGGCGUCGUCGAACGUGGAUGUCGUGUAUAUCCCCAUCCCCGUCACGGCGCGACACAAAUGGGUGUUGGAAUGUGCGAAACACCGGAAGCAUGUGGUGUGCGAAAAGCCCACCGCCGUGUCUUCUUUAGUCCUGCAGGAAUGGUUACGACAUUUUGCCGCAAAGAGGCUACUUUUUGUGGACGGCACAAUGUUGUCGCAUGGACGUCGCGUCCAAGAUGUUCGUCUUGCCAUUCGCGAGAUUGGGAAGCUGCGUCGUAUGGAGGCACACUUUGCCUUUUUGGCAUCCGAAGAAUUUCUGCAGAGCGACAUUCGCCUAAAUCCUGCGCAGGAGCCGAUGGGGGCGUUGGGGGACGUUGGCUGGUACUGCGUGCGUUACUUUCUUCACAUGGUGGACUUUGUUUUGCCAGACGCGGUGAUGGGUCGCGUGGCGCAAUGCAGCGGUCCAAAAAAUGGCAUUUCCGCCUUUUCUGGUGAACUUCUCUUUACAGUGGAAGGUGAGCCUGUGUUGGCCACUUUUUUCUGCACAUACCAUGCAGCUUACGAGCAGCUGGUGCGCAUUAAGGGAGAUGAUGGUAUCAUUACCGUUUACGGUGCGAUCAAACCUACCGAUGAGGAUGCUCCAACGUUCAGCAUUGAGAAAAACUCAUUUGAAGGGUCAGAAGGGACCCUCUCUUUUCACAGGAAUGUUGAGAAACGCCGCUGUGACGAGGAUUAUACGUUUCAGAUGGUUCAACUUUGGCGAGACGUUGGGCUUGCGCUUAUGCGCAUUGAUCCGGAGGAGCCAUCGGUGGUGGUACCGGAGAAGUCAGAACAGUGGGCACGAAUGGCAUUUACGACGCAGUACGUGUGCGACAAACUGAUGGAGUCUGCACGGAAGAGCGCUGAAUUGGCCUCAAGUCUCUCCCUCGUUGAUAACAACAACGGCAACAACACUGGCAGGAAAGAAACAGCCCCCACGGAGACACCAGCAGCAUCAGAAGAGGUUCAUGCGUGA